AACACCGAGGAGGCUGGAAGGCUACUGGGCAGCAAGAAUGUCCGUGUCAAUUGCUUGGAUGAGUUCCACCAUGACCUUUGGUGUCUGUAAGCAUGGCAUGACCCCUCUAAUGCAUGCAGCGUACAAAGGGAAAAUAGACAUGUGCAAGUUGCUCUUGCGACAUGGAGCUGAUGUUAACUGCAAUGAACAUGAGCAUGGAUAUACUGCCUUGAUGUUUGCUGGACUUUCAGGAAACAAAGAAAUCACUUGGAUGAUGUUAGAGGCUGGAGCAGAGACUGAUGUUGUCAACUCUGUGGGAAGGACAGCAGCUCAGAUGGCUGCUUUUGUAGGUCAACAUGACUGUGUGACCAUCAUCAACAACUUCUUUCCACGUGAAAGGCUGGACUACUAUACUAAACCUCAAGGCUUAGAUAAAGAGCCAAAACUGCCAGUAAAAUUAGCUGGGCCUCUGCAUAAAAUUAUAACUACUACUAACAUGCAUCCGGUUAAGAUUGUGUUGCUGGUAAAAGAGAACCCUCUGUUGGCCGAAGUAGAAGCACUGCAGAAAUGUUACAGGGUUCUGGAUCUAAUUUGUGAGAAAUGUAUGAAGCAGAAAGAUAUGAAUGAAGUACUUGCUAUGAAAAUGCACUACAUCAGUUGCAUCUUCCAGAAAUGUAUUACAUUUUUAAAAGAGCGAGAGGAUAAACUAGAUGGAUUUAUCAAAAGUCUCUUGAAAGGGAGAGAUAAAGAUGGUUUCCCUGUAUAUCAAGAGAAGCUAAUUCGAGAAAGUAUCCGAAAGUUUCCUUACUGUGAAGCUACAUUGCUCCAGCAGCUCGUGAGAAGUAUUGCUCCUGUUGAAAUAGGUUCUGAUCCCACAGCUUUUUCUGUACUUACACAAGCUAUUACUGGCCAAGUGGGUUUUGUGGAUGCUGAAUUCUGUACAACUUGUGGGGGAAAGGGAGCAGACAAAAGAUGUUCAGUAUGUAAAAUGGUGAUGUACUGUGACCAGAACUGUCAGAAAAUACACUGGUUUACCCACAAGAAAGUCUGCAAGACCCUGAAGGAAAUUCAUGAGAAACAAGAACUAGAAGCUGCCAAAGAAAAAAGGAAACAAGAAGAAAAAAAGCAGAAGAAAGAUGAAGUGCAACUAGUAGAGGGUAGUUCUACAAGUGAAGAACAGUCCAAUCCUGGUCCAGAUGCUACCAAAGAAGUGGAUCCAAAUCAUGCUACUGACCAAACGGAAGAACCUGAAUUUACCAAAGAGAUGGAGGCACUAGCCCUGCACCCUGAAAGUCCGCUGGAAAGUGAGACCGGCACAGCUGACAUUGCUUGUCAAAAAAUUCAAGAUUCUGAGGAGUAAGAAGAGGGUAGGAAGGGACUAAGAGUUGUGGCUACAUUCCUGUACCUCAAGAGUCCCAAAGAAUUUUUUAUGCUGACCGUGUGUUGAGUUCUUACAGCAUGGCUUAUGCAAGACUCCCUUUGAAAGGCAGCAUGACUCUGUUCAUCAUGAGAUGAAAUACUGGCUAAUUUUGUCUAGAAAUACUUCAGGUUCUGUUGUAGGUUGUCAAAAUAGGUAUUUACUCUCUGAUAAGAACUAGAGUGGCAUAGAUCCAUCUGUAUGUAUACCAACAGUAAGCAUAGUAAAAAUCUAUGAGUAUCUGUGGUUACUGAGCCACUUAGUGAAAAAUAAAAAGCAUUUGAUUUGGAUUCCUGUUUUCAGAACCUAAAAUUUAUGCUAAUUGUAAUUUAAAUAUUUUUUUUUUGCAAUUACACAGGACUGUAGUUAACAACAUUGGGAAGCCAACUGUUAAAUUGCUUUUUUACACUACUUUAUGAAGCUUUAUCUGAAGGAAUUCAGUAGCAGUUAAGUUUCUGAAGAUGCUCAUCUGAAUUGUCAGCUUUUCAUGACAUUACUGUAAAUAUUUUUAACUAGUGAGUGCACAACAAUAGUGUCUAUUUUGUGGCAGUUUUAUUAAAUGAUACUGCUGUCUCAA